AUGAGAUCUCAAUCAAGGUUUAUCGUCAAGUUGCUUCUACCUUUGAUUGUCGACAAGCCUUUGGAUUCACUUGUAGAGAAAAUGUGCCAAAGAUUUGAGUUCUGCAACAGUGCUGAGGCUACUGCUCACAACAAGCAUAUCGCUCAUUACUUUUCAUACUUUAUCUCACAACUUUGCUUGUCGGAUUCCUCAUUUUACAAGACAUUUCUGAUGACGGAGGUGCAUCUGUUGGAUCUUCUCCAAGUUCAGCACUGCCUUUGUAUUCUCUCGCCAUCAAAUUCCUACAAUCUUUGA